UGCAGGUUGAAAAUUAACGAAAAUGGGCUCAAACGUGUUUGGAACUCCAGUUACGACGGCAACCCUGAGAACGAUGCCUGAAUAUCAAGGCAAGAACUCGAUCACCCAGCAAGACCGAGCCAAGGUUGCACUAGAGAAGGUGAACGCCGAGGGCAAGGCCGUGGAUGCUCGAAACUCCGUGGAGAAGCUCCAGGCUCGAUUUGGGGAGGAUGUUGUGAGCACAAUGUGUCUGAUUUACAAUGCGACCGGUGACACAAUGACAUAGGUGACUGCUCGUGACUGAAAGGGACGUGUUUGUGAGUCUGCGUACCCGGUGAUCAUUGCGAAUGGGCAGUGGGGUGCGUUCUUGCACGGUCAAUACUAUAACCAGGAAAAGAAUUCAAGAGCCGGCAUUGUAUACUCUGCCUUCAACAAUCAGGGCAAGGAGCAACACUGGUUCAUGGGAUUUUCUAACAAUUAUUCGGGCCCCACCAACCAGGUGUAUACUGAAAUUCGCGAACCAGGGCACUAUGAGCAGCCAGAGUGUGUAGGAAUAUGGCAAGCUCUUAGUGACAAGGUGAGUAAUGGGAAAUUGGUGAACCAGGCCAACGAAGAAGGGGGGUACAUAAGUGGCUCCAUUGGCAACACUGCAAAACCCAUAUUCGAGGUGAUUAUGACUCUGCCUGAAGCUAUGUAAAUUGUGUAUGCUUCACUAUGGCAUAUCACUAGUUUUGGGCCAAUGCCCUUGUAAACUCUCAGCUGAUUGAUGCGCUUACAAUGCAUCCUUGAAGCUUUGGAAUCACAUGAGGCCUUUUUUUUUUUUUUUUUUUUAAAUCAGUUUAUUUAUUGGUUUUUAUGUUGAUGUUUCCGUCACUCAUCUAUGAGCUGGGUUUUCCUUCCUUUUGGUUUGAUAUAUGCAAUUGUAAUCCCGUAUAAAAUAAGGGAAAUUCUCUUUGUAACACUAUAAAGAGUAAUUUUUAAUUUUCUGUCAUUCUGAAUCGAUAUGCUUCUUGUUUAUGUAUCAUUGCCUCGGGUAAUUAUGCAGCUAAUACGAACUAUUUAUUUCUUGGUUGAAUUGGAAAAUUAAAGCAAAUAUAGGAUCACCUUUAAACCACUGUGAAGAGAGAGCAAGAGAUACUGAGAU